CUCCCCUCCCCAUCCCGGUUCCCAUCCCGGUUCCCUUCCUUUCCCUUCCCGGUUCCCUUUCCUUCCUGUGCCGGUUCCCUGCCCUUCCCGGUUCCCGUCCUGUUCCUGUCCCAGUUCCCUGCCCUUCCCGGUUCCCGUCCUGUUCCCGUCCCAGUUUCCCUCCUUACUCCUCCCGGUUCCCUUCUCUUCCCUUCCCGGCUCCCGUCCUGCGUCCCUUCCCUUCCUUUCCCGGUUCCCGUCCUGGUUCUCUUCCCUUUCCGGUUCCCUUCCCGAUUCCUGUCCCUGUUCCCUUCCCGGUUCCCUUCCCUUCCCUGUUUCCGUUCUGGUUCCUGUCCUGGUUCCCGUCCCGUUUCUCGUCCCCAUUCCCUUCCCCUCCCGUCCCGGUUCCCGCCCGGUUCCCUACCCUUCCCGUCCCAGUUCCCGUCCCGGUCUCCCCUCCCCUUCCUCUUCCUUCCCGGUUUCCCUCCCCUACCCUCCCUUCCCGGUUCUCUUCCCUUCCCUUCCCGGUUCCUGUCCCGGUUCCCUUCCCUUCCCGGUUCUCUUCUCUUCUCGCUUCCUGUCUCUGUUGCCGUCCCGGCUUCCUUCCCUUCCCGUCCCGGUCCCUUCCCUUCCCGGUUGCCAUCCCGGUUCCCAUCAGUUCCCAUCCCUUCCCUUCCCGGUUCCCGUCCCCCGUCCCUUUCCCUUCCCGGUUCCCGUCCCCCGUCCCUUUCCCUUCCCGGUUUCCAUCCCUGUUACUGUCCCUUCCCCUUCCCGGUUUCCAUCCCUGUUCCUGUCCCUUCCCUUCCCGGUUCCCGUCCCGGUUCACUUCCCUUCCCGAUCCCCUCCGUUCCCGGUUCUUAUCUAGGUUCUCGUCUGGUUCCCUUUCCGGUCCCCUCCCCUCCCUUCCCGAGGUUUCCCUCCCUUUCCUCUACCCUCCCCUCCCCUGCUCUCCAGGUCUCUCCACCCCUCGCCUCCCUUCCUGUCCUCUCCUUGCUUUCCCUCCCUUCCCAAUUUCCCUUCCCUUCCCUUUUUUCCAGUCCCCUUCCCUUCCCUUCCCGGUUCCCGUCCGCUUCCCUUUCCUUCCCUGUUCCCGUCCCGGUUCGUUUUCCUUCCCGGUUCUCGUCCCGCUUCCCUUCUCUUCGCGGUUCCCUUUCCGGUUCCGUCCCGGUUCCCUUCCCUUCCCGGUUCCCAUCCUGCUUCCCUUCCCUUCCCAGUUCCCAUGCCGGUUCCCUUUCCAGUUGGUUCCCCUCCCGGUUCCCCUCCCUUCCCAGCUCCUGUCCUGGUUCCCAUCCUGGUUCCAUUCCCAGUCCCCUCCCCUCUCCUCCCCAUUUCCCUCCCCUUCUCGGUCUCCCUCCCCUUCUUCUCCCGGUUUCCCUUCCCUUCCCGGUUCUUUUCCCUUGCUGUCUCGUUCCCUUCUUUUUCCCGGUUCCCUUUCCUUCCUUUCCCGGUUCUUGCCCCGGUUCCCUUCCCUUCCCUUCCCUUCCCCCUUCUUCCUGGUGUGUCCGGAGUUGGUUCCUGCCGCUGGGUUCGUGGUCUCCCUGACUUCAAGAAUGAAGCCGCAGACUUUCUGAUGAUGAAAUCCCUCCAGGUAGAUUUUGGGUUCCUCAAACAAUUGCUUCAGUUGAAGUUUGAGGACCGACUGAAAGAGGAAUCUUUGAGUCUCUUCACCAUUCUGCAUGACAGGAUCCUAGAAAUUGAAAAGCAUUAUCAACAGAAUGAGGAUAAGAUGAGAAAAUCCUUCAAUCAGCAGUUAGCUGAUGCCAUAGCUGUUAUCAAAGGAAUGUACCAGCAAUUCUUUGAGGUAGAAGAAGAGAAUGUUUCUUUGCAAGAUGCAAGUACUGUCAAAACAAAUAUUUUGUUAAGAAAACUGAAAGAGAAAGAAGAAGUUAUUAAAGAAUUAAAAGAAGAACUAGACCAAUAUAAAGAUUUUGGAUUUCACAAAACGGAAUCUUUUGCCAAAGAAACCAGCUCUCCAAAAUCAAACCUAGAAAAGGAAAAUUUGGAGUACAAAGUGGAAAAUGAGAGGCUGCUUCAGAUCAUUUCAGAGCUUGAAGAAGAAAUCCAGAUCAAUCUAAAAGAAAAUUCAGGAUUAGAAGAUGAACUUAUAAGUAUGAAAGAGAUGGCAGAAAAGGAUCACAAAACUAUUCAAAAGUUAGUGGAUAGUAGAGACAGAUUAAGAGAAGAGCUUCAUUAUGAAAAAUCAUUAGUUCAGGAUGUGAUUAAUAAACAGAAAGAGGACAAGGAAAUGAGAAAAAAGUAUGGCAGCUUAAGUGUAAAGGUUGCAAGAUCAGCCAAGGGGAGGGAAGCCUCUUUGUCCCCAUGGCCCAAGUCUCCACCCAGCACCACAGCUUUGAGGCCACAUUCUGCGACCAUGAGUGUAUCAUCUGCUGGGGCCAAGAAAGCUAAAACGCCGAAGAAGGCUUUAAAGGAAGACCAAGCUGUGGUUGAAGACAAACACGGUUUGGAGUCUCAGAUAGAAGCAUUAAAGGCAAAUUUAGAGAAUGAGAAGAAGAAGGUGGAAAGGUUUAGGAAGGAAGCUGAUCGACUAAAUAAAAGCUGGGAAAAGAGAUUCUUUAUUCUCAGGAACAGCUUUCAUGUCCUUAAGAAUGAGAUGUUUACAAGGCACACACUGUUUCGUCAGUUUGCAGUGCUUGCUGACACAUCCUUCAAUUAUAUUAAAGUAAAACCCUUAUUAGUGCAGUCUAGAACGACCAUGACAGGUAUAUCCUCUUCAAGUCAUUGUACAUCUUCAAUAGACGGUAAGCAUGUGGAUGUAGUCAGUGAUCAGGCAGCCCUUCAACUUUCACCAAAAGCCAAGGUCUGGCUCUAUUGCCCAAGCUGGAGUGCAAUGGUACAAUCUCGGCUCACCGCAACCUCCUCCUCCUGGGCUAAAGUGAUCCUUCCACUUCAGCCUCCUGAGCAGCCGGGACCACAGGUGUGCGCCACCACGCCCAGGAAGUUGUCGGAAUCCCCAAAAGAAGAGUCCUUGGAGGAGCCCUCCAUGCGCCAGAGCAGCCCCGCAGAGACUGUUGAUUAACCCAGCAGAAGCCUGGGUUGCGCAGACGGGGCCUCAGAAAGAGUGGCCUCGCCGUCCUGGUGUAAGGUGCCUCCCUCGGAAAGGAUACUAUCUCCAAGGAUUUUCUAAACUAAUUGUUUAAUCUCUCCAGAUUAUGUAUAUUAACCAGCACUGCGCUCGAAUAGAACUCAAUGCGCGCCUUGUGCGCGCUCCUUUCCACGCCUUUAAGGAAAGCCCUGGCUGGUGCUGGGUGAGCGGGGCGCACUGAACCUCCGGGGCAACCACAUCCAUUCAGGCGCUCCGGGGACUCAGAAGAGCUCAGGCGUCUAAGAGUGGGAAGGGACGGACUUUAAUUAAAAAGUUUGACUCCCUCUCUAAUCCAGUCUUUCUAUACCAAAAGCAUCAACCUGAUUUGCUGUCUCCUCGCCCAAUAACUAGUCCCCAUGAAGGUAGGUCAGGAAGACUAGAGGGAGAUCGUACAUUUCCUCAAGCAAGAUUCAUUCUUAUCUUACCCCGGCACAGGGCACCUAGCCGCAUCUUAAAGGCUGUCAGAAAUUCUUUAGUCAGUAGGGAAACUCUUUGGAGUUUUGCUUCCUGGUAAGGAUGCAAACCAAGAUUCUGCUGGAAUGCCAGACACCGUUUACCAAAAGGCGGGUUUGCUUUUCUUCCAUGCGUAAUGUCCAACUUGGUUCUUUCUAUUCCCCUAACUACAAGUAAGGCCUUGUUAAGAGCCUGUAUCUGAAUCGUAGGCUCUGGAUUACAGAAUUCUAAAGUUAUUUAUUAAGUCUCAGGAAAUAUAUUUGUGGUAGUUGUCACAUAAAGCUGAUAUACUUUAGUUCAAAAGAAAGCUGCAGAGGUGAUUUAUUUGUGCGUAAAAGGAACAAGAUUUAAUUGGAGAGAGACGUGUUAUUUUCAACGCAAGUACACGGGAUGGUAUAGCGCUGUGGAGCAUUAUUCGAGCUUCAUCUACUAUGCACUAUAUGCCGCUGUCUCCAAAGGAGUGUUGCCCUAGAAACUUGUUUUAAAUCUGCUGCUAUAUAUCAACACCUUGUUUUAGCAGUCCUUGGCUGAAUUACAGUUACACAGUUUGGCGCUUCUUUCAAAUUUCCUCCCAUCAGUUUGGCUAAAGAAAGGAAUUUUUCUCCUUUAGAAAUGAAUUGGCUUAAUUAGUAAGUAGAUUAAUGGCAAUUGCUGGUGAGUUGGUUUCCAGCAGAGUUUCACCAGAGAGGGUUAAUCGGAGUCAGGUCUGGAAUCUUUCCCAGAACUGGCUGCCAGCCAUUUCCACCAACCAAUCAACCCUACAAGAAACAGAGGAAAUGAAAUAAAAUUUGUAUUCUCUGUGCCAUCGUCCUGGACAGAAAUUCCUUGGAAGCAGCCUCCUGGUUGGGUGCGAUAUCAAACUGUUUCAUUUCAGAACUUUAAUAGAAACUUGAACCUUCAAGAUUUAUCUGGGUACCAAAGCAAAGUUUCAAAUGGCACAAUAAAGGUCUCCACAGAACCCUGGAUGUAUUGGAAAUUUCUGAGGCUCUCAGCCAAUUU